AAUUUUCUGUUUUGAAACAAAAUAAUCAUAGGUCGUAUGUACGAGUACUACGUUGUACGGUAACUUAAUUUGAAAAAUUUUACUUUCAUAAUUUGGGAACGAUCGCAGUAACUGCUAAAAAUACAAACGUUUGUACAGAUUCUAAUUUAAAUUCUCUUUUCCUACAGGUGCAAUGACCGUCGACGCUCAAAACAGAGACAGAGGUCAAAGCCUGGACCUCAUUCGUCUCCUGACGGAGAAGCCAUGGCCCACCCACGCGCACCACCGGUGGGACACUGGACCUCGCGGUGACUUGACCUUAGACCCAGCCAAUUUUGACCCCCACUAUACUCAUUUAAACCUCGACGAUGAAGAUAAUUUCAGAAAUUACGCGGACGAUGAAUUUAGAGUUGGCGAGAAGCGAUCAGCAGUGGCCACGGCUUUGAACUCGGGGCGCCGGAGACGACAACCGACGCCGGCGCUCGGUAAGGCAGUCACGCCGUAUGUCGGCGUCGGUGUCCUCAACGACGUGGGCUCGUUCUUCGACUCCUUGCGCGACAAUCUGGAGACCCUCGCUUCGCUGUCUCCCCAGCAGCGCGGCGCCCUGUUCCAUGACGUACCCACAGUCGUGCACGCGCCCUCCUCUGGUGGUGGUGGCGGAGGGACCGGCAUGCGGAGGCUACAUGCGCUUCGGCCACUACGACCUUCAGGCAUUAGAUCUUACAACCGUAGAUCUUUCGUGGAGGCCGACGGCGCAUACCCAGGUGCCAACCACCAUGACCCAGGCUUGCUGUGGACUGGUCUGGGCCGGUAGACGGUACCAGCGAACCCAUCCUCUCACCCACCAAGACAUGCAAGUCCCGUUCUCCAAUCGCGAAGAAAUACAGGCCCCGGUCAAAUACAACAAGGAUGGGAAUCGACGGCGUUACGAAACAGAAACUAUCGAUAUAAUUCCAAUUUCAAAUCGAUACGAAAGAAACGUCUCAAUUCGUCCGCCACAAGUCAGCAUCCGUCGUCAAUCACUAAUGUAUAAUGACGUCACGUUGCCUGAUAUAAUUUCAGUCUUACAAGAUUUGUAUUGUUCCUCAUAAAAUAUUCAUGGAAGAAACUCCUGAAAAUUGAGAUUAAAAAUAAAAUAAAAUAUUUAAAUAGCUACGUACAAAAUUAAAAUUGUUACUAAUAUUUUUUUGUUAUUAAUUACAUACUUUAAUGUCUAAGUACUUAAAUUCCUAAAAUAUUAUUGUUAAUUUAUUAUUAACUAGAUAGUUACAUAAUUCUGUUCGGUUAUGAAAUAUAAAUAGUAUUGUAUUGUUUGCAUUAUAUCAGUUACAUCAGUAGUCUUCAUGUUUUAUUGUUGUACUUUUAAGUAUAUCAUAAACCUUCUUCAUUGGUUUUAAUUUUAGCACAUUUAUGAAACUAAGAUUUCUUGUAUUAAUUCUUGUCAUAAUAUAGUAAUAAUUCAACUACAAUAUUCCUAAGCUGAUUUCAUUAAGAGAUACAUCGUUGAUUAAUAUGUCAUUUGCU